UUUUUCUUCAGCGAGGCAGCCGAGCUGGAGACGCAAACAUGCAGAUCUUUGUGAAGACCCUCACGGGCAAAACCAUCACCCUUGAGGUCGAGCCCAGUGACACCAUUGAGAAUGUCAAAGCCAAAAUUCAAGACAAGGAGGGUAUCCCACCUGACCAGCAGCGUCUGAUAUUUGCUGGCAAACAGCUGGAGGAUGGCCGCACUCUCUCAGACUACAACAUCCAGAAAGAGUCCACCCUGCACCUGGUGUUGCGCCUGCGAGGUGGCAUUAUUGAGCCUUCCCUCCGCCAGCUUGCCCAGAAAUACAACUGCGACAAGAUGAUCUGCCGCAAGUGCUAUGCUCGCCUUCAUCCUCGUGCUGUCAACUGCCGCAAGAAGAAGUGUGGCCACACCAACAACCUGCGUCCCAAGAAGAAGGUCAAAUAAGGUUGUUCUUUCCUUGAAGGGCAGCCUCCUGCCCAGGCCUCGUGGCCCUGGAGCCUGAAUAAAGUGUCCCUUUCAUUGA